AUGCAUGCUUUAAGAAAAUAUUUACAUGUAAAGAAGUAUAAGCGCUUGAAGAAGGCAAGAAGCCAAUCUGAAACUGGAGAAGGUCCCGGAUACGUCGAUGAUGAUGGAUCAGGAAACGCGUAUGCCGAGGAGAAUGUUCAGGAUGAAAUUAUUGAGGAGGAUCAACAGACAGGGGAAGAUUACAUUGAUGAUGAUGAUGAUUUUAUUGUGGACGAUGAAAUAGACGAGAGAGGACAAGUUGUCAAAAGGAAUAAGGCGUUUAAUAGGACAUUACGACAUGCAGAAGGCGUAACGUCAUCGGCACUGCAAGAGGCCCACGAUUUGUUUGGCGACGUUGAUGAUCUAUUAGCACGAAGAGCGAAAGAUCUUGAGAGGACUGCUUCUAAUUCUAGCGCGUUGACAGAAAACAGGCUUGAAGAUGAGUUUGACCCAAUUAUUCUUGCAGACAAGUAUAUGACACCAAGGGAUGAGAUAAUUAAACAAACUGAUGUACCUGAGAGGAUGCAGCUGUCUGAAGAAUUGACUGGCACAGGGGAAGAAUUAACUAAAGAACAAAUGGAAGAAGAAAGUCUAUGGGUACACAGCCAGCUCACUGCUGAUGGAUUUAUAUCCUUUGCAGGCAAUGAGCAUGUGAACACAGAGAUUGACCAGAAGGACAUUCUGAAUGUCUUGACCAUGCUACAUGUCAACAAAUUUGAGAUUCCAUUCAUUGAGAUGUAUAGGAAGGAGAGUUGUCCGAGUCUGUUAACUGGCUAUUAUGCCAGUGCGCAGAAGAAUGCAGAAGUGGCACCUAAAAUGAGGUGGUAUAAGCUGCUUUGGGCUGUUGAGACAUUAGAUAGAAAGUGGCUACUUCUUCAGAAACGUAAGAAAGCUUUGAAGGGGUACUAUGUAAAAAGAUUUGAUGACGAGAAGCAGAAAAUAGAUGAUGUUACAAGGUUUGCACAACGCCAGCAGCUUCAUGACACAAUCAUUGAAGCACUGAAUGAUGCCAAAUCAGAGAAAGAGGUGGACGAUGUUGAUGCGAAAUUCAAUUUACAUUUCCCUCCUGGUGAAGUUGAAGUUGUAGGUCAGUUGAAGCGACCAAAAAGGAAAUCCAUGUACAAUAUAUGUCAGAGGGCAGGGUUACGAGAGGUCACUUACCAAUUUGGGCGGAGCGCUGAGCAAUUAGGACACCAUCUAGCUUUAACAAAGAUACCCGAAGCUGACGAGCUUGACAGUGGGAAAGAUUCUCCUGAAGAUGUUGCUGCAAAUUUCACAUGUGCAAUGUUUGAAACACCCCAAGAUGUCCUUCGGGGUGCCAGACACAUGGCAGCAGUUGAGAUCGGUUGUGAGCCCAUUGUAAGAAAGCAUAUCAGGAGUAUAUUCAUGGAUAAAGCUGUUGUCUCAACAGUCCCCACACCUCAGGGAAAUUUGAUUAUAGAUCCCCAUCACCAACUAUCGCGCAUUAAAUGGCUACGGGAGAAACCUGUAACCAAGUUCGUAGGUGCAGAAUGGCUUCUUAUUCAGAAAGGAGAGGACGAAAAACUCCUCAAGGUCACUGUAAAACUACCAGAAGAUGUGAAGAAACACCUCAUUUCCGAUGCUCGUGAGAAUUAUUUAAGCGACUGUGUCAGCAAGUCUGCACAGAUGUGGGACGAGCAACGGAAGAUGAUACUGGACGAUGCCUUCUCCAGUUUCCUUCUUCCGUCAAUGGAAAAAGAAGCUCGGUCUCUGUUGACAGCGAAUGCCAAAAGUUGGCUCCGUAUGGAAUAUGGGAAACAGCUCUGGGAUAAGGUUUCUGCUUCUCCUUGGAAGAAGAAGAAGGAUGAACGCGAAAAGGAUGAUGAUGAGAUUGACCUGGAUGAGGAAUCAGAGCUGAGAGUCAUGGCCUGCUGCUGGGGCCCCGGGAAUCCUACAACCACAUUCGUGAUGUUAGAUUCAUCGGGGGAACUGGUUGAUGUUCUGUAUGCUGGUUCCAUCAGUACUAAAUCUCGUGGUGGUGCUGAUGAGCAACAGAGAAAUAAAGAUAACCAGCAGCGAGUUGUGAAGUUUAUGACCGACCAUCAGCCACAUGUCGUUUGCGUAGGAGCAUCAAACUUGAACUGCAGACAACUCAGGGAAGAUCUUUAUGAGGUAUUUUUUAGAAUUGUUGAAGACCAUCCAAGAGAUAUCAACGAGCAAAUGGCAAAUUUCAGCAGUGUCUACGUUGAUGAAUCUGUGCCUCGCUUGUACGAGAAUUCUCAAAUAUCUUCAGAUCAACUGCCUGCCCAGACAGGUAUCGUGAAGCGGGCUGUGGCGCUCGGUCGGUACUUGCAGAAUCCAUUGGCGACGGUUGCAACACUCUGUGGACCUCGAAAAGAGAUACUGUCAUGGAAACUACACACCCUCCAAGAGUUCCUUACUCCUGAAGAGAAGUAUGAAGUCGUUGAGCAAGUGAUGGUGGAUGCUACAAAUCAGAUAGGUUUUGAUGUUAACCUUUCUGCUAGCCACGAGUGGCAUUCUUCAACUUUACAGUUCGUCGCUGGUCUGGGUCCACGCAAAGCUUCCGCUCUGCAGAAAGAGUUGGUAAGAGAGGGAUCUAUUUUCAGUCGCAAGGAGCUUGCAGAACCACUACGAAGGAAAGUAUUCCAUAACGCCUCUGGGUUUCUACGUGUUCGAAGGAGCGGUGCAGCAGCAGCUAGUACUGAAAUCAUUGAUCUGCUUGAUGAUACAAGGAUCCACCCUGAAUCAUAUGCAUUGGCCAAUAAAUUGGCCAAGGAUGUCUAUGGCGAGGGCGCUCCGCGUGAAAGGGAUGAGAUGGAUGAGGAUGAGCAAGAGAUGGCAAUUGAGCAUGUAAGAGAAAGGCCGGACUUUCUUCAACGUCUCAACAUCGAUGAAUACAUAAAAAGUAUUCCUGAGGAUUUACGUAAAAGGGAUACACUGCAUGAUAUAAAGACGGAAUUACUGUGUGGUUUUCCUGAUUGUAGGACCCCCUAUGCUGAACCCACUCCCGAUGAGGAAUUCUGGAUGCUCUCUGGUGAAACCGAGGAGAGCCUAUCAGAUGGAAAGAUUGUUCAAGUAACAGUUCGCCUUAUACAAGAGAGCCGAAUUGUUUGCACUUUUGAUUCUGGUUUAAAAGCCAUAGUUCUUGGGGACAACUAUUCUGAUGAUGGAUUUGACCCAGAAUCUCUGCGGAUUCAUCAAGGCGAUAUAUUAACCGGCAAAAUUAAGAACGUGAAUAGAAAUAGGUUCCAAGUUUACCUAACAUGCAAGGACAGUGACAUGAGAAGAUCAUUAUCCACAAGGAAUCAUGAUCCGUACUAUCAUGAACAAGCCAUGGUUUCACAGGAUGAACUAGAUAAGGCUCGGAAACAAAAGGAACUUGCAAAGAAACAUUUCAAUCUGCGGAUGAUUGUCCAUCCUCAGUUUCAGAACUUGACGGCUGAGGAAGCAAAGCAGUUCUUGUCAGAUAAAGAACCUGGUGAGAAGGUCAUUCGACCUAGUUCUAGGGGCCCCUCGUUUUUAACUCUUACUCUCAAAUUUUUCGAUGGAGUCUACGUACACAAGGACAUAGCUGAAAGCGGGAAGGAUCGUAAAGAUGUGACAAGUCUGCUUCGCCUUGGGAAAACACUGACCAUCGAUGGUGAAGAUUUUGAAGAUCUUGAUGAGGUUGUGGACAGAUACGUGGAUCCAUUGGUAGGCCACCUGAAGAGCAUGCUAUCUUACCGCAAAUUCAGGAAGGGCCUAAAAAACGAGGUGGAUAAUAUGCUAAGGGCAGAGAAAGCAGGGAAGCCUAACAUGAUAGUCUACUCCUUUGGCAUAUCCCAUGAACAUCCAGGCACCUUCAUAUUAACUUACAUCAGGGGCACAAAUCCGCAUCAUGAGUAUGUUGGGCUAAACUCAAAGGGCUUCAGGUUUUGGAAGAGGGACUUCGAUUGUGUUGAUCGCCUCGUGUCGUACUUCCAGAAGAAUAUCAACAGACCACCAAUUGACGCUGGUGCAUCAGCAAGAAAUGUUGCUGCGAUGGUUCCUAUGAGAGUUUCUGGUGGUGGCGCAACCGCUUCAGCUUUUUCUCACGCUGGUAACUAUUCAGGAUGGGGCAGCGCCGGAAAGUCAGCACAGGAUGGUGGAAGCAGCGGAUGGGGGUCUGGACGGGGCUUGUGAAAUUUCUGGACAACUAUUAGAUGAUAGAGAUGUGUGUUUUUGUCUUGCUAUCUUUCUGUUUAUGUGAACGGCGAUACUAGUAUGGGGCUAACUAAUCUGUUACAUUUUGUAAGGCCUUAUGUUUCAAUUGCAAAGUUUUGUAAACAAUGUCUAGUGUUACUGAA